AUGCUCAAAACACAUCCAGUGUCUAACUGUGGUAAACCAAAACCAGAAGAUGCGAGGGCUCUUCACAAGUUGUUCAAGGACAUGCAGUGCAGCCCUGGCCUUAAUUUCUCCAAGAUUGACUCGGUGCACACAAGUUGGCCUCCAUUUCGAGCUUAUGAACCAAAUUCUGUUCUCCCUCGAGAUUGA